AUGCAUGUCGCAGAUACCAUUGCUUUAUCCCUUAAGGCAACAAUUGAAUCCUUGUUUUCUAAACAUGGUUUAAGUUUAUCAAGAAUACGUGGUCAAGGUUACGAUGGAGAUAGUAAUAUGCAAGGUGAAUUCAAUAGUCUUAAGUCCUUAAUUAUGAAAGAGAAUGUAGAAGCGUUUUAUGUUCAUUGCUUUGCUCACCAACUUCAAUUGACUCUUGUAGCUGUUGUAAAAAAUUACAUUGAUAUUGCUUCACUUUUCAAUUUGGUUAGUAAUGUCUUGAAUGUUGUUGGAGCUUAUUGUAAGCGUUGGGAUUUGCAGAGAGAGACACGAGCUACUAAAGUUGUAGAAUCAUUAAGCAAUUAUAAGAUUCAAAGUGGGCAAGGGAUGAAUCAAGAAAUUGGUCUUAAGCGGGCUCGUGACACGCGUUGGCGAUCACAUUAUGGAACACUUCUAAACUUGAUUUCCUUAUUUGCUUCAGUGAUAAAUGCUCUUGAAGUUGUUGAAGAGGAUGGCUCACACUCGGGGUAA